AUGUCAAACCAGAAUUACUACGGCGCUCCCGGUCGUCAAAGCCAGCAACAUUACACGCAUUACCCUUCCCAGAGACCUGCAUCGACUGGCCCCGCUGCGCAGUACGCCUCCCAGAGUCACCCCGUAUCCCAGUCAUUCUCGUCAUACUCGGCGCAGGCAUAUGCCCCCUCCGGGACGUAUAACCUUUCAGAUUAUUCAUACGGUUCGACAAACUAUGGCGCUGCUUCCGGGACAGCUGUUGCUGCAAGAAAUAAUGCUUCUGCAGACUUGCAGAACCUAGCAUAUGCGUCUGGUCUUCAUGAUACUGUCCAGCGCGCCGCUGCACAGUCGAGCGCAGCAAACCAAGCUGCAUCCGCAACCCAGUCGCAGCAUGCCUCAUACCCCAACGCCUCUUACACCACUUACAGCCAACCACGCCCAAAGAGCGUGAACUCUCUUGUAGGAAGGACUGAACAGCGAUCUUCCAACCAGCUGAACCCUUCUAGAUCGCCUCUCCCAAAAACGGGUUUCCAGACCUCUGCGUCUCCUCACCCCGGCGCUCAACAACGUGCCAUAACUUCACCGCAGAACCCCGCCGCUUAUCGCAAGCCGUCGGCGGUACAGCAAGCCUCAGUGCAGACGUCUGACCACCCUGCCCGUACCUUACCAACCGUGACACAACCACAGGCAGUGUCAACUUCGGCCGCGUAUCAGUGGGGUAGCCAGCAGCACGCACACUCAGAUACAGCUGGGUCGCGUGAUUUUGAAACCGUCGACCCAACACAGGUUUACGACCCGUGGCCGGAGAUUCAACGGAAACGCGAGGCCGCGCGCGCCGCAAAAGCAUUGGAAGAGCGCGCCCAGGCGGAGCGAGAGAGGCAGGCACGUGAGAAGGCAGAGAGGGAAGCCCAGGAAGCUAGGGAAGCCGAAGAAGCCCGCAGGAAGGCAGAAGAGGAAGAGAAAGCGCUGCAGCACAUGCGGGAGGAGGAGAAAAGGAGAGAGGCAGAGGCUGCCCAGCAAGCCCAGCGCGAAAACGACAAACGGAAAAAAGCGAACACCAAAUCCAAGAUGGCAAAAGCUGUGGCUGCAGCAGCGUCCUCUUUGCCCGCUCAAGCCACCUCGACAGAACCAAAUGUUGAGGCGCAAAUGAGAGCCUUGAUGGCGCAAAUGAGACAGUUGAACAAUCAAGAUCCGGCUCUCCUCGCAAGAAUAUGGGAGGAAGAACGACAGAAUCAUUCGCAGCCAACUCAAUCAACCCAACCAGCUGUCCAGUCACCAGCGCCCUCGCAGAAGCCUAGCAGAACAACUGCUCAAAAUAAAGCGUCGACAAGCCAACCGCGGCUGAGCUCACAUGCGCAAACUUCGACCACGCCUGCUCCUCCCGUUCAUACUCAGCAGCCCCCGCAAGAACCUCAGACACAGCAUGUACCCCAGCAGCCGCCGCAACGCCAACCACAACAGCAGCCCGACCGGGAAUUACAGCAACAAACCACAAACCCUCCACAGCCAAACAAGCGAAUGCCGCCGACUGGCACAACGGCGUGGCCAAACGAUAAAAAGGAUCAAAUCUCGAAGGCAGCAGCCGAUUGGCUCAAUGCUAUUCCAGAGAAUCACAACAAGCAGGUCACACCCCAGGAAAUCCUGGACUUACUCAAUCGGAACCCAAGGUACAUAGAAUUAUCUGUACCUGAUAUCAACAAGCCAAGCCAAAAUUCGACACAGGCUGGCCAAGCCAAUGGCAGAGCACCACCUUCCUCUGCAGAGAAUGCCAAGACCUCAGAGCUGCCAGGCCGAAACCCCAAUUAUCAUACCAACUACUCGAAUGUUCCGACCAGUCGUCCGAGCACUGUCGGCGAACACUUGCAAAGCGUCCAAUCACCGUACCCGGCUUUGGACCAACCUCAGUAUCGAAGCCCGUACUUUGUUCCCACAACUACCGGCACGCCGACUGUUGUCCAAACCGCAUUAUCAACCCCUCCUCCACAGGUUCCUGUCGCGCCUAUGCAUCAUACUAGGCAUGACAGGCAGAAUUCUGGAAGUAGGCAAGGCUCGUCGCAACGAGAGGAUAGCCAAAAAACCGCGACAAAAGCUGAUGCGGCAAGAAAACGAAACUUUAAUGAGAUCGUCGAUCUGACGCUACUCUCUGACGAGGACGAGCCGCCUGCUAAGAAGCAGGCCGGAUUUACUAGUGACAUUGCGCCUGCCUGGGCCGCUCCGCCGGACUCAAUAUUUCACCAAUACCCACCUAACCCAAGCAACUUCUACAACGCAAACUUACCAACAAUGGUCCCCGUCGACGAUAAGACCAAAAACAUGGAUGUUGUUCAACCGUUGGGUCGGAAGUAUGCUCUACGCAGGUCAGCAUACGAGGUGAAGACCAUCGCUCGCGACGUCCUAGUCGCAACUGGCAAGCACCCAGAAAUGAGGCCCCUCAAUGGGCACCUUGAGAUCCUCAAGGAAAACUUCAAGCGAGUCGACAACACUUCGGAUCUGAGCACGCUUAGAUGGGAUCUCAUCGAUCCAGGCGAUCCGCCUCCAGAGGCGCUUACGCCGAACGCAAUAGAGAUAGAGGACGAAGAUGCAGACGAUGAGGAAGAGGAUGUACAAGAACAACCUCAUCCGCGCCCGACCCAACCUGAACCGAAAGCCGCACCAUCCUACCAGGCAAGCCCAUCUAACCUGCAGGCCGUACCCUCCCGUCCUGUCCCGUCGCCUACUUCUCAGCAAAUGUCGAAACGCAAAGGCCGGCCUCCCAAGCUCAGCGCGCCAGGAGCCACUGACGCACGUGACGCACGUGCCACCCCAUCUACUCGCGACCGGGAACGCGAACGCGCUUCUUCUUCAACUUUCAGUACGCCCAACAAAGAUCAAUCACCAAUGGCGAGCACUCCUGUCGGAUAUUCUGCAUUUCGCCAGAGCGAAUAUGGGCCUGAUGGACAACCUCUCCCCAAGAAAAAAGGCCGGCCCGUCGGUUGGCGCAAGUCACUGCACUCGAAGGAAGCGCAAGCAAAAGCUGCCGGCCUACCGCCCCAGCCGUUUUCGGCAUCUCGUGCCUCGGCAUCACGACCAAGCGGCCUGCGCGCUUCCCAAUCAUCCAACGGCGUGGUUUUGAUCGAGUCACGCUCACCUGAUGUGUCGGCAAGCACGACAGGCCCGGUUUCCUACAUCGUUUACAAAUGCGAAUGGGAAGACUGCAGCGCUGAACUGCACAACAUGGCAACGCUGAAGAAGCACGUACAGAAAUUCCACCAUGGUCAGAACGCGCAACAAAAAUGGCCUUGCUUCUGGUCCGGCUGUGAGGAAAACGAACGCUACAUUGAUAAGCGCACAGGGAAACCGAAUGGGUUUCGGGUCGAGGAGGACCUGGAAGAUCAUAUUGAGUUCGCCCACCUGGGGCCGAAGUUGUGGCAGCUUGGGGAUGGUCAUGCGGGCGGACUUUCGGAGUCCCAUGACUCCGCGAGCGAGGCGUAUCUAUCAGAUACCAGAACGGGGAAAAUAGUUACACCGCUCGUAGCACCUUCCAAGGAAGUGCUCGCUGCAGUUAUGCCAGCGCUAUCGCCGGUUCCGAGGCGCCCCGGCAGACCAAAUAUCAAAACUGAUGAGGAGAGGGCCUUGGAUUUCCAGGCAGCCCUUGAAAGGAAGAAGAAACUUGUCGGACCUGGACUUGAUCGUGGGGGUGCAAGGCUCCCGAACCAGAAAAGAAGAAUGGGGUUCAUUGACGACGAGGACUUCGAAGAAGUCGUAAGCGACAGCAAUUGA